AUCUCAAACUUACCCAGAUGCGAGACGCUCUAAAAACUUGAUUAUAUCAAGCUUCAUACUUUAUGAACCAUUAAUUUCUUGAUUAAAAACUACUAAUGUUGACUGCAAAUAUUAUUAGAUCUUAUAUUUUAAUACAGGAUGCAGGUUUCAUGUAACAAUAGACCGUUGCACUCAGCGUCCUCAGUGGAAGUUUGGACAGAGUACGGUAUUCAGGUUUUGAAUAGAGUUUUCAUCAGAGGAAUACCAAAUAAAAUGACUGAGCUUCAACUUGAAAUUCUCUUUGGUGGUAUGGGUUUUGAGGUACAGAAUGUGAGGAUUGUUGAAGACCUCAGGAGUGGUGCAAAUAAAGGAUAUGGUUUUGUGACAUUUCACACUGCAGAGGAAGCUCAACGAGUGAGAGACAUGGGCUUAGUGCAAUGGAAAGGAAAAACUCUUCAAGUUGAUGUAGCAGUCAAAAGAAAGCCAGUGAUGCAGGCCCUUCAACAGAGAUAUGCUGUGACAGCAGGACAGCCAUAUGUUGUGCCACAGAGGACCCAGCCAGUUUACAUCAUGGCCAUUCAAACAGAUACAGGGUGUUCAGUACCACUGGUCAUGGAUGGAGUUGUAAGCAAAAACAAGUUUUGUAAUUCUUUGUUCUCAAUGUUGUUUUACUGUGGUUACGGUUAUGCAAUCAGUAAGAUGGAAUUUCACAUCACUGAUUCCAAUUUUUUAGGUUCCUUUUCAGAUGAUACAAUAUUCCUUAUUCAUGUUAAACAAAUUGAGGAAAAAAUAUAUCAACAUUUGUAUGUAUUCAAGUGUGAGAGCAAAGAUAUACCAAACAACAGAAAUGAAAGAACCGCUUACUGGAUUGAAAUUUCUCAAGAAUAUUUGUUUUAAAUGACAAAAUUCCUCACCAAAAUUACUCCUUGAUAUUUUCCUUUUUUUUGUUUUGAGGUGUGGCAGCCAUAGUUGAACCAGUGAUUGGAGCAAUAGAAACAAGAUGCAACAAGAAGUUUAUCAUAGAUUGUAACAAGUGCUGGGAAAAGAUUCUGAGUUGUUGUGUUUUUAACGGUUAAAUUAGGAUCAAUAAAAUUUAAUGGCUAAAUCAGGAUCAACAAAAUUUAAUGGCUAAAUUAGGAUCAACAAAGUAGGAGGAAAUUGCGACCAUUAUUAAAAUGUAUUUCAGCUGCUAAGAAUGUUGCAAAGUAAUUGACUUGAAAUAUGAGGAAUGUUUGGGAGAUACUAUGGAUCAGUUAAGAGAACCUUUGUAUCUAAUGAGUAAGUAGUUGUAGCUAAGAUGCAACUAGUGGAUGUAUUGUUUAGACUAUGUAUGAAAGAAAAGUAAUGAUUUUAUAGUUGAAAUUAAAUGCUUCUUGCCUCAAUGUAUGACUGUUGUUUG